GCACUCUACACUUACGACUACAACUAUUACACCUUACGCCCACCACGCCCACGCCCACUCACACUCCCACGCCUACGCUACUCGUAACAUUACAAUACACUAAUAACCCUACCCUCGCCCUUAUUACCUGGAGAAAGUCCCACUUUCUGCACAUCCACCGACUCAAGCACAUUCCCACAAGUGCACACACCAUACCCAUACAUAUCACCACAUCAUAUCCAUCUCAACCCAUUCAUCAAUCCCAAUCUCGACUGAUUACUUCUACUCCGUACACGACCAAGUCGACCUGAAUCCCCUCCAUCGAGGAUUGCCUUUGUGCUCGCCUCAACUUCCUCCACCAUGGCUUUGCCUCUCUUUCGAGACUUCUCCUUCGGCACACCCGCCUCUCAGCUCUCCCACGAAGCCGACCGCGCUGCCAUGAACGUCUCUCCCACAUCAAUACUCGCUCAACACCCACUACAGUCACCAACAAUACCACCGCCAUGUUCCAUUGGGGAUUUGACUACCAAGCUCAGCCAAAACCUACACGUCGAAGUCGAGGAGGAUCCGUCCUGUGCCUGGCCCCCAACGGAGGUCUUGCUCGCAGGCUCAUCAGACGACCUCACCAUGUCGAACGAAUCGUUCCAGCCAUCACCACCUUGCCAGCCGUACUCGCGCAUCUCGACUGCCGUUCUACGCAUGCAGCGCCAGUCCAACAUGCGUCUACAGUGCUCCUCCUCCCAUGUCAAGGACAUCUCGAAGCUUGUGGAAAAGAUGGUUGCAGACGAAGAGCAAUGCAGCGUUUAUGACGCGUCCAGGUCGUCGUUGUCGCUAUCUCCAGUCUCCUCCCGGAGCUCAUCAACAUCGAGUUCCGAGGACGAGGCCAUCGGCAUGGAUUACUCGCAAGAUCACAUUCCUCUCCACGCGCUCCACUUUCGAAGGUCCAGCGAUCGUCUCCCUGGGACCACCUCCAUCACAAAGAACAUCCGCAUGCGCAAGAAGUCGCGCAUCUCUAAGCGAUCAUCGAAAUAGCUGGUUGCAUUUCUAUUUACUUAACUUUACAAGGGCAUCGUCAAGGUGUUUUGGUUUUUAUCGGGUUUACGGCGUCUAUUCUUUUACCAUUGAUACCAAGGGAAUGCCGCAGGGAUAACAGCGCGCAAAACAAGGAGGGAACAGGGCACAUUCAGUUAAGGGAAAAUAGGAGGCUUCAUUUUGGAUGUCCUCGGAACAUUGGAUCACAUAACUCUGGCUGAGUGGCUCGUACACCGUUUGGAAAGGAAGUGCUCCC